AUGUCGUCAUCAUUAUUCUCCCCUCCUCCAUCUGGUAUCUACGAGUUCACCGAGGUUCUUACGUUUCACUUUUCAGAUAUCGCAGUUCCCCCAGCGCUUUCCAACGAGAACACGACUGUGGGAAAAGUAUGGGCAUCUACACUAAAGAUGUAUCUUGAGCUAGAGCAAACCGGCAUAGUUUACUGGUCUCUCGUGCACGGCUAUCCCCAGCGAGCCAAGUUAUUCAUCGACUGGAAGACAGACCUGGGGAGAGAAAAAUUUGAGUCCAGCACCGAGUUAGAAAAUAUUCGCAUGGCCUGGAACUCUGUUACUUCAGCACCUGUUCACUCAGUCAUUUACCGUCUUCCAUGGGGCGGCCAUAGAGGGCACCCGGGGUUGCACAGCUCAUAUGACACCGUGUCCACCUUCAUCACUUUCAACUUCUCCAUUAAUCUCACAAUCGAGGACAAGGAAAAACUGGGAGGCCUCCUUUCACAGUUUGCCAGAUCUGUUUUGCAGAGUCCUGGUGGCGUGGUGUCCUCAUACUGCACCACUGGAUGGGAGGUGAAUAGCACUUCAUGUUGCGGAAUAUUUCGUUAUAUCGGCAUUCAAGAAUUGCAAUCUUUUCUUCAACAGAGCCAGAUAUUUGAGGAACUGCGGUCACUUGCUAUGAACGGCACCGAGGUAGAGUUCAUGGAGGUGCGAUGUUAUGAUCAUGGGUGGCAGGGUUCAGUCGAUAAAACUUAUCCUGAGAAUCCGGGAUCAGGUGCAUUCUUCGCGAACAUUAGAGAACUGGGUCAAGAAAUUGGGCCUCGCGAGCCAGGGCGCCCAAUGCUUGGCUAG